AACCCCUCGGUGCGCGAAUGGAUUGAACCAGCGGUUAACGGAGCGCGCGCGUUCUCGCUAUCUGUCACACGACAUGCGGAGGCACGACAGAUAAAUGUUUGUGUCUGGUAGUUGGCAAACAGUUCGAGCGAAUACAGCACACACUCAGUUUGGUUUGCCCGCUGCAUUCUUCAAAGGCAUAUUUUUUUUGUGGAAUUAAUCGAGAGGAUUAUAUCGCAGGUGCGCGUGGAGGCUGUGUAUUUUGGGAUAGUAUUUGCUGGAUAGGAAUGGUGUUGGGACGAGGAGGCCCUGUAGAUGUGUGUCAUGAAGCUUCUCAAUGCCUGUGUGACCUCAUAAAGGGAGUGCUUUCUUAUCGAAAAUGAUGAUGCAUAAGCAGUCGUCCUGUACCUCGCCGGGCAGCGUUUGUUCUCUUCGUGGAAGAGGUGUUCCUGGAUCCCCAUCGGUCACUGUAGUGGCCAAAAUGGACAAUCAAGUGAUUGGGUAUAAGGAUCUAGCAGCUAUACCUAAAGACAAGGCCAUUCUGGACAUAGAGAGGCCUGACCUGAUGAUUUAUGAGCCCCACUUCAGCUAUUCACCGAUGGAGAGGUCAUUAUCUCCUCGUUCAAUCUCCCCUCUUCUAUCUCCAGAGAGCAGUCUAUCAAAGGAUGUCUAUGAGAGGGAUUGGUCAGAGCUGAGUAAAAGCAUCACCAUCAGCACUAAAGUCCCACACCAGCAACAGCACUUCCACAGGCCAGACAAUGGAACCAAUAUAUACAAGAAGCCACCAAUAUAUAAACAAGAUGUCUCAGCAGCCGUUCCACACAGUAAACACAUGAUGGAUUUAAUCAUCGAGUCAUCCAAGUUUCCCGCCGCAGAACCUCCAGACCCCAACCAGCCCGCUAAGAUAGAGAUGGACUACUGGCCCUGCCCUCCCUCGCUAGCUGUUAUAGAGAAAGAGCGAAGGAAGAAUGUGGCAUCCAAGAUGGCUGAGGGAGAGGAGGGUGAGGAGGAUGACACGUAUGAUGACAGCGAUCUGUCUAAAGACAUGUGGAGACUUCGGCAGAUGCAGAAACAGGAGCUCAACAAGAUUCAGUCCAAUCUAGGAAAACUGAUACUGAAGGAGGAGAUUGAGAGAUCGGCCCCUGUCCGAAGGAAAACACGGUCUCUGCCCGACAGGACACACAUGCAUCUGGCCUCCAAAUCCCCCUCAUUUCCUUCCUACACUAAGAUUGGCCUGACUAGGCUCCAGUCUGCAGAGUUCUCCUCUUCAAACAGUGAUAAAGGGAGUCAAAGUAAGUGUGGGGAUUAUUACAUUUCUAUUCUAUUCUAUUUAUACUACAAAGAGAUCUUUGCCAUGUUUUAUACCUCCUGCUCAUUGUAUUGUUAUUUGUUUCUCUCUCUUUUUACAGAUUUCCAGAAUGGAGAUGCCCAAAGCAGAAGGAUCGACAGAGGGAAUUCACUCCCUAGUAUGCUGGAACAAAAGAUUUACCCGUAUGAGAUGCUCAUUGUGACUCACAGAGGCAGAAACAAACUCCCUCCUGGUGUAGACAGGACAAGACUGGAGAGGAACCUGUCACCUGAGGAAUUCCAGAAUGUCUUUGGAAUGUCCACUGAGGAAUUCGACCGACUCUCCCUUUGGAAGAGGAACGACCUGAAAAAGAAAGUCUCUCUCUUCUAGUAGUCGGAGAAAUACGUUC